AUGGACUUCGCAAAUGUACCAGCAAAAAUUGAUAAUAAGCCGCCAAGAUUGAAAAUCGAGACCUUGUACAAACCCCGAAUUCUUGAGGAUGAGAUAAAACGGGUUAUGGAGAUCGACAAGGAGAACAUGGCGAUUAUAAAAAGCAUGUAUAUCAUCAGUCAAACCAAAGUGAGGAAAAAUUUCAUUUUGUCUUGUGAUGUAAGCUUGUUGAUUUUAUUGUUCGCCAUGUAGGGAAAUAUAGACAACGACAAUUCGAAGGCCAAAGCUAACUACAGUAUUGUUAAUCGCGAGGCAGAUAAUAUGAAAAUUUAUAAAGAAAAUCUUGAAAUUUACAAUAGAAUUAAAAACGCCGUUACCAUGUAUCCCUUUCGCGCUUUGGUGGAGGAUUGGAAGAAAAAUAAACAGAAGAGGGAGAAGAAUGCAAAGCAAUGCGCCUCCUCCCCACGACGUACGAAAAAAUCAUCGAUUUCAAAGCAGAAAAAAUUACAAACCCAUUCCUCAAAGCUACUUCCUCUAAAAAUGCCCCCAUUGUCUAAACGACCUCGAUGUUUUUUCGAAUUUAAAAUACUCAACACAAAUGAAAACCUGGGGAAGAUAGUGAUGGAGCUAUACGACGACGUGGUACCCCAAACAUGCAAGAACUUUCUAUCCUUUUGCAUCGGUCAUAAUGGUCUGUCCUACAGAAACACCCCCCUUCAUCGAAUAAUCAAAGGGUACAUGUGCCAGGGAGGCGAUAUCACAAAAUUCAACGGAACCGGGGGGAUCUCGAUUUAUGGAGAAAAAUUCCCAGAUGAGAAUUUUGAGCUCGUCCACAGUGGCCCCGGCAUUCUCUCCAUGUGCUCAAACGACGAUGCGAGGGACUCUAAUGACUCUAAAUUUAAUUUGAUUUUUAAGAGGUUGAGAACGCUGGACGGGCAAAACGUCGUGUUUGGAAAAGUUGUUCAAGGACUCAAUAACAUCUAUAAAAUCGAGGAUCUAGGAACAAAAACAGGACAACCCAGGAAGACAAUAGUAAUAUCAAACUGUGGAAUAUAUUGAAAUGAAUAAUGCGUACCAUUAUUAUUCCCAAAG